AGCAAAAAGCAAAGCAAAGCAAGAAAUACAUUCAUUCAUUCAUUCGUUACAAUUCCUUUGGAGAGAGGUAGCAGGCAGCUAAAGGUGCUGAUAAACUGUCCCCAUCAUGGAGUCGGCCAACUUGGGGGAUACUCCCGACGCAUCCGAGGAUGUGGCCCAGGCAAAUGAUUCCUUCCCUCUGUCUUCAUUGGCCAACCUUUUUGAGACCGAGGAAGCCGAGGUGUCCGCUUCUUCUUCAUCACCUCCGUCUUCGUCAAAAGGAGACGGGAAGCAGAACCUGCGUGCACGGUUCCAGGGGGCCUUCUGGAAGGGCGUUCCUGGCCUGGAGACGACCCUCUAUGACUCAACGGUGGCCCCAGCCCCCAAGAAGGCCCCCAUGGACUCCCUCUUUGACUAUGGCACCCAGAGGCACCUGCCCAAUGACAGCAAGUGGAGGCGGAAGAGGUUGGGCCUCGAGAAGAAGAAGGGCCCAGCCCCAUCCCCACCCCCUCUAGUCCUUAAAGUCUUCACGCGGCCUUUGCUCUUUGAUAUUGUGUCACGGGGCUGUGUGGAAGACCUCGAUGGCUUGCUGACCUUCCUCUUGGCCAACAAGAAGCGCCUCACCGACGAGGAGUUCCGGGAAAGAGGCGAGCAGCCCUCUCCCCAGGUGGAGAAGAGUGUGGAGAAGAAGGCAGGCCACUGCCAUAGAGAUCUCUGGCAACAGCGUUUCCUCUCCUCCUCCUCUUCUCCGCCUGGGAAAGAGCAUUAUUAUAUUAUUAUAAUAUAUUAUUAUAGCUUCAUCUAUUCCGUCCUCGUCCUGGUGUCAGCCGCCUUGUACCUCUCUGGGGUGGAGGCCUACCUUGCCGUCAUGGUCUUCGCCUUGGUCUUGGGCUGGAUGAACGCCCUCUACUUCACCCGUGGCCUCAAGCUGACAGGGACAUACAGCAUCAUGAUCCAGAAGAUCCUCUUCAAGGAUCUCUUCCGCUUCUUGUUGGUCUAUGUCCUCUUCAUGAUUGGCUACGCUUCAGCCUUGGUCUCCCUGCUGAACCCAUGCCCAAACGCUGACCGUUGCUCGAACUGUACGGCCCCAUCCUACCCUUCCUGCCGGGAUAGCCAGACCUUCAGCAGCUUCCUGCUGGACCUCUUCAAGCUAACCAUCGGCAUGGGUGACCUGGAGAUGAUUGAGAAUGCCAAGUACCCGGGGGUCUUCGCUGUCCUGCUGGUCACCUACAUCAUCCUCACCUUUGUCCUCCUCCUCAACAUGCUCAUCGCCCUCAUGGGGGAGACCGUGGGACAGGUCUCUAAGGAAAGCAAGCAGAUCUGGAAGCUCCAGUGGGCGACCACCAUCUUGGACAUCGAGCGGUCCUUCCCAGUGUUUCUUCGCAAGGCCUUCCGGUCGGGAGAAAUGGUGACGGUGGGCAAGUCUCAGGAUGGCACCCCCGACCGACGGUGGUGUUUCAGAGUGGACGAAGUCAAUUGGUCCCAUUGGAACCAGAACUUAGGCUUGAUUAACGAAGAUCCAGGGAAGAACGAGACCUAUCAGUAUCAUGGCUUCUCCCAGACCGUAGGCAGGCUGCGCAGAGACCGGUGGUCAGCAGUGGUUCCGCGCGCAGUAGAGCUGAACAAGGCGGCUUUGGCCUCGGACCGCGAGGUGGUCAUACCAUUAGACCCAAUGGCAGCACAAGGAUCCCGGAUCUAAAGACACACACACACAUAUAUAUUACAUUAUAUAUAUAUAAUAACGGAGGAAGCAUGGAUGAGCUCCCUCUGUCAGCUCCAGCUCCCCAUGUGGGAACAUGAGAGAAGCCUCCCACAAGGAUGGUAAAAUAUUCAGGCGCUCCCUGGGCAAUGUCCUUGCAGAGAGCCAAUUCUCUCACACCAGAAGCGACUUGCAGUUUCUCACAUCACUCCUGACAUGAAAAUAAAUACAUAAAUAACAUAAUUUAUUUAGCCAAGAACUGUGUGGCUGUUUUUAUUAUUUUUAAAACAAAUAAAGGAUUUAACAUUUGGUAUUUAA